GCGAGGAGGAGGAGGAGGAGAGUGAAUGAGAGCUGCUGGAUCAGCCUUGCCUGCGUGCCUGCCUGUCGUCUGCUGAAGCUGGGUUUACCACCGCGCCACGCUGUACUGACACAGAGCACAGCCACGGGCCAUUUCCACCACCGACGCACACUCAGCACCGGUUAUUACUCCACCAGCAAGGAAAAUCAGGGACGAAGCUCACCAGGCUUUGUCUAUCAACAUUUGGGGGGACACAGCAGCAUUGAAGCGCCUAACGCUACAAUUUAGGCACCAGCUGCUACCUAACCAUAUCCCCCUUCACCUUAUCCCAUCCUUACCAACACCGCCACCACUCCUCUCUUGCUCCUCCCUAUGCCCUUGUCCUCGGCGGCUCCUCUCACCUCCCUGGCUAGUAUAUGGAUAGAAGCUCCCUGUUUCAGCUCAUACAAGAGCAGGUAAGCAAGCAGCGGCAGAGGUUUCUAUGGUUACAGGCUCAUGGCCACAUCACCGUCUACCCAGUGACUGAGACAUGGAGGCAAUGGGGAGAGCUGAUGUUAGGAUUGAUAACACAAGACUGUUUGCACGGGCAGAAUGAGAGCACAGGACAACAUGACAGAUCUGGACCCAGAGAACACCGGUUUUAUCCCAGUGGAGAACUUCACCAGCUUGGUGGAGCACCAUGAGCUGCAACUGGACCCAUCCAAACUGGACAUGUUGUUAGCCCUUGUCCAGAGCAAUGAAGAGGGACAGGUGUGCUACCAGGAGCUCAUCGAGCUGAUGAGCAGCAAACGCUCCAGCAGUUUCCGACGGGCCAUCGCUAAUGGCCGCCGCACGCUGCAGAGGGAGAUCCUGCUGGACGAGACGGGGCUGGGUCUGUACAAACGUUUUGUCCGUUAUGUGGCCUACGAGAUCCUGCCCUGCGAGACAGACCGGCGCUGGUACUUCCACCAAAACCGCCUGUGUCCUCCGCCUGUGUUCAUCGCUGUUGUAACCAUUGUUCAGAUUAUUGUGUUCAUGUGCUAUGGCAUCAUGCUCAACAAGUGGGUUCUGCAGACCUAUCAGCCUGACUUUAUGAAGAGUCCACUGGUCUACCACCCCGGUCAUCGCGCACAAGUGUGGCGCUUCUUCAGCUACAUGUUCAUGCAUGUCGGUUUAGAGCAGUUGGGAUUCAAUGCUUUACUGCAGCUGAUGAUCGGAGUUCCUUUAGAGAUGGUCCACGGCAUCUUACGAAUAAGUUUGCUUUACAUGGCAGGAGUUCUUGCUGGCUCACUGACAGUGUCCAUCACAGACAUGCGUGCUCCAGUUGUGGGGGGCUCUGGAGGGGUCUACGCUCUGUGCUCAGCACAUCUGGCUAAUGUCGUCAUGAACUGGGCCGGGAUGCGCUGUCCAUACAAGCUGCUCCGUAUGAUCCUGGCACUUGUUUGCAUGAGUUCAGAGGUGGGCCGUGCAGUCUGGCUUCGCUUCUCACCACCAUUGCCCUCCUCUGGUCCCCAGCCCAGCUUUAUGGCACACCUGUCGGGGGCCGUGGUUGGUAUCAGCAUGGGGCUGCUGAUCCUACGCAGCUAUGAGGAGAGUCUGCAGAAACAGUGCUCCUGGUGGGUCAUCGUUUUCUCCUUCAUCACCUUCCUUCUCUUUGCCAUUUUUUGGAACAUCUUUGCAUAUGACCUCCUGGAGGUACAGAUACCACCUCCCCCCUGAUGAUGGCCCCCGCUCCUGCAGCUCCAGUCCUGCUCUCCUUUGACCAUAGUUAACUUUCCAUUUCCUCUAAAUAUAGACCCAAAUGAAAUUAUACAAACUAAAAAUUGACCAAGAAUCCUUUUUUACAGAUACUUUGCAAAACAAAGACAUAUGUCUCUUUUAUUAAAGAGGGAUUACAGUAGCAACAAGUACAGGUGAAGGUUCCUCAGAUCCAAUUUGAGGAGCAUUAAGUCUUUUUAUAUAUAUUAGAUCUCAUCCACAUUACCAGCGUUAACCUUUCAGUGAGCAUUUAGCCGUUGUGCUCUUUUUGAAAAGCUGUUUCAUCUCUCAUUUCUCUUUCAUUUAUGUAAAGCUGACUUCAUGAUAUGUGCCUCUGGUGAAAAGAAAAAUGAAAGAAAAGGUAAGAGAUAAGGAUCAGCUGCAGCGAUGCUCCUCAAACUAAUGGGAUGUCAGUGUUUUGCUCGUAGCCUGGAUCUGGGUCUAUGCCACAAAUUGUACCCAUGUGAAAAUUUCAAGUGAAUGUUUAUUUCUGAAGGCAGCAAUGAAAAGAGAAACACAAUUCAGAUUGUUUUUCUGCUACUGUCCCUGCUGUAACACACAGGGGUCACUAACUUUUCUUGAGUGGAAAAUCAGCUAAUAUAGAAAAGAGUAAAAACUGAUGAAAGAAAUCUGCACCGAACAUUUAUAGAUAGAGCCCAGGUUUUAAUUUCAUGUGGAUCUUUUAGUUUAAAGUCAACUUUAAGAUCAGAAACAUCCUGUCAUUUUCACUUCAUGUAAGGACAUCAGUGUUCCUGCAUCACUUCCAUGCCAUGACGCCUACACUGUGGACCCAGAAACAUAGUUCACACAACAAAAACAAUGUGGAAAAAAGAACUUUAAAGUGACUAUGUGUCUGGAGAGCAAGUGAACGCCUCCUAUUGCUGCGUCGGACGUCAACCACACAUCUGCUCGGCACGCCGUGUAAAAUAUGCCAUGUCAUCCUCUAUGGCUUUUAGCAAGGCGAGGACACACACACACACACACAGACACACUUACUUGUCCUCUUUGUCUUUGAGAAUAGUCACUGCUUGAUUCCGCCAGUCAACAUGGACAAAGUGAAGAGAGGAUCACCACAUACCGCCACACACACACAUACACACUUGCCUCUGCCUGUUCUCACUCUGACAGACUGAACUGGGGGAGGGCGUGGAUGUGUCACCACCUGACCUCUGAGCUGCGUGUCCCAGAAGGCAUUGGGGUCUCUAAGCCAGGCCCAGUCAAUACCUCAGUUUUUCAUUCUUAGGGACUGUAUACAUUUGUAAAGGAAUGUACCUAUAAAAAAAAGAAGAAAAAAUGUUAUUCUGUUGUCCCUGUUUUUCAUUUUAAAGUGGAUAUGUAUAUUGU